AUGGCCACCAAAGCUGCACAGAUGAUGCUUCAAUGUGUCUUUGAAGGAAGCAUAUCGAUGCAUGACACAGAAAUUGCGAGAAGGCCAUACCACAAAAACUGUGGCUGUGCCCUCCACAGUUCGAAGGGUGCUUGCUCCAAUUCUUGUCCUACACAAAGGAAGCUUUUCUUCCCCAAGAAACAGUCUUGGAGCAACAGUUCCUUGUCCAUAUCAGCUAGUUCUUCUUCUUCUUCUCAUCUGCAUUCUCUUCCUCAUGACGGUUCAAACAGAAAUAGAGAAGAUGUUAAUUGGGACUUGUCAAAUAGAUGA